AUGCUUCAGGAGAGUGGUGCUCCGCUUGCACCACCUGCUCGUCGAGUUGGGACUGGAGUCACCUUGGCUCCAAUCACUCCGAGUAUCACCACCUCUCGCAUCAGGCAUGAAGAGCCAGAGGAUGUCCCCCAGAUCACCAUCAAGGACAAGGGAAAAGGUAGAGACCUUACCAAUCUGGGUUCGCCGGAUGCAGAGGAGGAGAAAGAUGAAGGAGAAGAUGCAGAGGCUGAGAAGUCUGAUGAAGAGGGCGACAAGGAGAAAGAUGCUGAUGCUGGUAGCAAUGGCGAUGAAGAUGGUGAGCCGAAGAAGACUGACAAUGAGGACGAUUCCGCUGAGGUGCCCAUGCCUGCUGACUUGUCAGACAACAACAACGACACCAUGGAGGUUGACCCCACCACUCCCAAGCGCCCUGCCACCCCCGCCAAACCCACCACUGCUUCCAAGCACAGAGCCAGCACUUCACCCACCACCACUCGUCAGAUGGGUAAGGGUGUACGCAAGGACAUCACCCAUGCCUGCGCUGUUGGCCAUCUUGAGGUUGCCCUUACAAGUGCUUCCUCUCACCGAGCUCCCCCCUCUCCUACAUCUGAUGACCUUGACGAUUUGCAAGGCGCAUCCCGUACCAUGGGUGGCUUUGCUAGAGGCAAGGCCAUGGGUGUUGCCUUGAACAUGGCUGACUUUGACACCAACGAGAAGUUUGAUGCCCCGCCUGUCAUGGGCAUGCUCCUUGUCUUCAAGGAUGGGGCUUCGCCUCUGGAGGGUGCCAGGCCUGUUGGGGUUAAAGUCCCCAUCAAGAACACUCUGGGGCCUGUCCUCACUGCUGCUGCCACGAAGAUGGUGGCUCUUACUAACUCUGACAUCCUGCUCUGGGAUGCAGAGGACCACUUCUGGGAAGCCAAGGGGCCUUACGCCACCGCUGUCAGAGACAAUGAGGCUGUCAUCUGGGAUGACAAGAACAAGCUCAGAAUUGGAAUUCAACCAUCUGAGUUUGGUGUCUCCUACCUUCCGCCUCCCUCUCCUUCCAUCAACUCCUCCGCUGCCCCCUCUGCAGUCUCCUCCAUCACCCCCUCUGCCUCUGUCUCUGUUGCCGGCACCCCCGGUAUCGCUGUCAACCCUCUCACUGCUGCCUUCCGUGAUGAACCCCUCCUUUUGCAAAUUGCAACUUGCAUGGGGGUACCCUACCACAUGACAAACCAUGGAGCUGCUUCAGCCCCUGGGCUUCCUUUGCUCAGGUCUAUGUAUGCUCGGAUUCAGCUCGCCAAUGAGGCCAAAGAGAAGUGGGACAGCUUGACAACUCCAUGGACAGGGGGAAUGUUUCGGAGAAGACCCUUCAUUCUAUCUUCGUUGGCAAGACCAAUUUUAACACUUACACCGCCCUCUUCAACCACUCCGUCUUCUUUCCCAUCAUCAUGGACAUGUUGUGCAUGUUAA